GGGUUGAAGAAAAAACAGUUCACUAUUCUUCUCAAUCUCUAUUGAUAUAAACGGCUCUCAGUAUAUACGUUAGUGCACUAGGUCCCCAUUCCUGAGGAAGAAAGGGAUGAUACUCCGAAAACUCAGCUCAGGUCAACUACGGCGUCUAUCCCUCGUUUCGUUAUGUAUGCAUCCGAUUAGCAUGUGUUUAGCGAAGCGAGCAUCGAGCACGCACCCCAGUGACCUUGCACACACGAAGAUAAUCGAGGAGGAAAAUGGUUUAUUCUCAUCCAAAGUCAGUGCAGAGAAGCAUGAAGAGGAUGAAGAGUUUGACGAACUAGAGGCGGGCUCACAGGAGGUACAUGACUUGUGCUUCGCGAUAAUUGGCUUUCUCCGCCGCGCGGACCCUGCUGCCUCAGAUUGUCUCUUUGAGCGUCGAACCAAGCGUCGAUUCAGAGAGCCCAUCCCAGAACACAAACGGCGGUUACUGCACACACACGGUGACAGAAGCUACCGAAGUUUGAAUAGCUUUAAGAAUGAAAGUGAUUUCAAAAAAGCCACGCAAUUGUACGUACAAUUCUGCGAGAAACUUUUACAUUUGUUGAACAAACCACUCAUGGAUCGUCUCAUUGAAAGUGUGGGAAGAGGCUAUAAAGAUUGGCGCAGAGAUGGUGUGCAUCGCUACAGACGCUUGAUUGAACGUGCAAGUUGGAACUCAUUCCCACAUCGAUGGUUUAAGCAUUCGCCGUUUGAGGUUCAGCAACUGCGCGCGGACAUACCGGAGUCGGCGGUAAGGAAUACGCGUUUUUAUCGAGAUCAUGCAACUAUUUGCACCCUGUUUACGUUAAUAGAAGCUCCGCACCCAUACCAAUCACAGAUAGAGCGUCAUAUGUUUCAGAUCACAUCUAAUUAUGACCCCAUUGUGCGGAGUUCGAAUGUGGAGGGUAAAAAGCCCUAGUGAUCCGACAGUAAUCGAUGCAUUGCCUUUGAAUUUUUUGUUUGUGUGCAUACUUGCAAUGCUUGUGUGAAUGAUGGAAAGGGUAUCUCCAA